AGGCCUAAGAAAACACGCCCACAAAGACAUUUCCGUUAAGUUUCUUCAAACUUUUGCAACUGUUGUUGUUACAGAGGUAAUAACAAGAAUGUGCCAAAUACGGCUAAAUCCUAAAGAUCUAACGAAAUGCGGACUGGGGAUGGAGGAAGAGGAUGAAACGGACUGGAAGGCCGCUAAAGCCUGCUUUGACAACCUAAAAUCAAAAACACCGAGACCUCCCAAACCCAAACAUGCUGUGACUAUAGCCGUCUCCUCCCGCACAUUAUUCGACAUGGUUUCUGAGAGAAAGCUAUAUGAGGAAGAGGGGAUCGAAAAGUACGUGGCCCAUCAGAUAGAGCACGAGAGCGAUCCCCUCGCACCGGGCGCUGCCUUCCCCUUCAUCAAGGCGGUUAUGAACGUGAACUCACGGUUGAGGAAGCUUUACCCCGACAGCGAAGAGCUCUUCGACGUUGUGCUGAUGACCAACAACCACGCUCAAGUUGGAGUCCGCCUCAUAAACAGCAUUAAUCACCAUGGAUUGCACAUCGAGAGGUUCUGCAUGACUGGAGGCCAGAGUCCCAUUGGUUACCUGAAGGCCUACAUGACAAAUAUCUACCUCUCCAAGGACGCUGAGAAAGUCACGGAAGCCAUUCAAGAGGGCAUCGCCGCCGCCACGAUGUUCACCCAGGCGUCCCAGAACGAGCUCAGCGACACCCAGCUGAGGGUGGCCUUCGACGGCGACGCGGUCCUGUUCUCGGACGAGUCGGAGGUCAUCGUGAAACAGGGCGGUUUGGACGUCUUCUUCGAGCAUGAGAAGAAGUAUGAGAACAAGCCUCUCGCACAGGGGCCACUGAAGUGUUUCCUGGAGGCCCUUGGCAAGCUGCAGAGAAAGUUCUACGCCAAGAACGAGCGUCUGAACUGUCCCAUCCGCACAUACCUGGUGACGGCCCGCAGUGCCGCCAGCUCUGGGGCCCGCGUGCUGAAGACCCUGAGGUCCUGGGGGCUGGAGAUCGACGAGGCUCUCUUCCUGGCCGGGGCCCCCAAAGGGCCCCAGCUGCAGAAGAUCAAGCCACAUAUCUACUUCGACGACCAGAUGUUCCACAUCGAGGGGGCCAAGGAGAUGGGCACCAUCUCGGCCCACGUGCCCUACGGGAUCGGACAGAAGUACAACAAGGGCAAGCUCAUUGAGUUGCCCGCUAAAGAGUAGGGGUGUGAGGGCAAGGGGGCGGGCUCACUGCACGUUCUUAGCACUGCCACGGCUUUCUUUCUUACAUUUUGUCUUUUCAAUUAAAUGUACGACAUUCAUUAUUUUACAUUUAACAGUCUGAUACUGUUCCAGUCCGGGACAGUAUACACGCACACGCCUCGCAGACAACACAAAUGUAACACAAUUCUUUAACGCACAGAACUAACUAAAUCGAGCUGUAUGUUAUUUUCUUUAUUGCUUGUUUACAUACAUUUUGUUGCAGGGUUUAUAUAUAUAUAUAUGUAGGUUUUAUAGGUUUUAUAUAUAUAUAUGUGUGUGUGUGUGUGUGUGUGUGUGUGUGUGUGUGUGUGUGUGUGUGUGUGUGUGUGUGUGUGUGUGUGUGUGUGUGUGUGUGUGUGUGUUUGUGCUCUAUUUUUCAAAGGGAACUUUUAUCACGGGUAGAACAUUUAUUUACGUUAAGGAGCAAUGCUGCAUUUGGCAUGUUACUGUUAUGAUGCAAAAAUAAUGCACACAUAUUUUCUAUACAUCAUAUUAACAUUUACUGUACUCGUAGAGUGUUCUGUAUUCCUAUUUUAACUGUUUUGUUCUCAAUACAAGUAUGUUUUAAUAGUCAGUCAUUGCGAAUAGUA